GUUCAAUUUGGGAAAAUGACACUGCGUCAGAAUUUUUAUUUAUUUUUUUCUGGGAGUGUACGUCUAAAGCGGAGCAGAUUCCUCUUUCAUAUUUUUCACUUUUGUUCUUGUUUGGGCAACGGUCGGCUUAUUUUCGGCUAGCCGUUUUAGCCGUUGGCUGUCAUUUUUUCCAAGUUGGACAUGAACCGCAUAAGAGAUUUGCAGAAUGGGCGAGGAAUUUAGGUGAUAUUUAUGGUGUACAAAUGGGUCAACAAUAUUGGAUUAUAUUGACCAGUGAUAAGGUUGUUGGUGAACUUUUACAAAAGCGUGGUGGAAAAUAUUCAACUCGCUCACCAAGUUAUUAUACUUAUCAAUUAUUGACCAAAGGAAAAGGUUAUGUUGGUUGUCCAUAUAAUGAGAGGUAUAAAAUGCUUACUCCUAUUAUGCACGGAAUUCUGGGUCAGCGCAGUGUAAGAGAAAACUCUGAUUUACUAGAUGAUGAAUUUCGUAUACUUAUGCAAAAUCUUUGCCAAGCAUCUGCAAAAGCAAAAGAUGGUUUUUAUCCUAAAUAUUGUUUUCAACUUACAAGUUUAAACGUCAUAACCCUCUUAUGUUUAAAUAAACGUACGGAAAGUGUCGAUGACCCAUUUUAUACAGAAUUUGAAGAUUUAAUGGGAAAACAUUUAGAAGUCUCCAAAAUAACAAAUAGAUUAUCUGAAUUUUUUCCGAUAUUAAGAUGGUUUGCAAACACUAAAUUACAAAAUACAAUAACAGAAAAUAGAGAUAGCCUUGAAGCUUUUCUCAGAAAAUUGGUCAAAGAGGUUAUAGAUGAUAAUGAGAAGAAGCCAUGUGCUAUUAGAGAUUUACUUCGUAAGAAGGACGAAGGGAUCAUUGAUGAUCUAGACGUUAUUUAUCUAAUAGAUACGAUUUUUGCUGCUGGAACUGAUACAGUUUCAGCAAGUUUAACUUGGCUUACUGCUACUUUAGCCAAUAAUCCUCAAGUUCAGUUUAAAGCUCAUCAAGAACUUGAUCGAGUAAUUGGUCAAUCUCGUUUACCAGAAGUUUCUGAUGAACCAAAUCUUCCUUAUAUACGUGCUAUAAUCAAAGAAAGUCAAAGAUAUUGUGCUCCAAUUUAUCUUGGUAUACCUCAUGCCACUGAAGAGGAUGAUGAAUAUAAUGGAUAUCAUAUUCCAGCAAAUUCUACGGUGAUUUUAAAUCAAUAUGGAAUUCAUAUGGAUGAGAGAAGAUAUGAAAAUCCAAAGGAGUUUAAACCUGAAAGAUUUUUAGGAAUUACAGAAAGUAGUGCAACUUUAGCAAAUGGAAAUUAUGAAAAUAGAGACCAUUUCGGUUUUGGAGCUGGAAGAAGGCUUUGCACUGGAAUUCAUAUGGCAUGUAAAGAUGGUAAGCCAAUGCCAAUAAAUUUAGAUAAAGUACGCUUUGGUAUUACUGUUUGGCCUGAAGAGUAUCAUGUUAAAUUAGCAAAAAGACAUAAUAAUGUUGAAAAUGUUUUAUCUGGUCAAA